UUUACCACGUAAACAAAUAAAAAAUUAUGAUUUUUUAGUAUGUUUGUUUCUUUUAAAUCUUCAUUAAAAUGGUGCUAAAACGGUCAAAAUAUGAAGGACUCGACGGAAGCUCUUCUGUACAACCUAGAAAUGAACCUGUCGAUCCCGAUACUACGAUACCACAAGAAAUUGAGAUGGCCUCAGUUUCAGUUGUUCCUGAUGACACAUUUACAGUCACGCAAGCUGUAAAUGCUCUGGGAUUUGGCUGGUUCCAAGUAAAACUCUCAUUAUGGACAGGCCUAUGCUGGAUGGCUGACAGUAUGGAAAUGACCAUUUUAUCUAUACUAUCUCCAGCAUUACAUUGUAGCUGGCACAUUACUAGGUAUCAACAAGCUUUGACUACAACAAUUGUCUUUCUUGGAAUGAUGCUUUCGUCAACAUUCUGGGGAAAUUUAAGUGAUAGAUAUGGACGGAAACAUGCACUUAGCUUAUGUGCGGUUCUGCUAUUUUAUUAUGGUCUUCUCAGUUCCAUAGCACCCAGUUUCAUGUGGAUGCUCCUCUUAAGAGGUCUAGUUGGAUUUGCUAUAGGAUGUACACCUCAAUCAGUAACCCUUUAUGCCGAAUUUUUACCUACUAAGCAGCGUGCAAAAUGUGUAGUCUUGCUUGAUUGUUUUUGGGCAUUAGGAGCAUGUUUUGAGGUAGCUUUGGCAUUAGUUGUUAUGCCGACGUUGGGUUGGCAAUGGCUGUUGGCAUUAUCAACUGGCCCUUUACUUGCAUUUGCUAUGAUUUGUCCGUGGUUGCCAGAAUCUGCAAGAUACCAUGUUGUAAGUGGCCAAACAGAUAAAGCUUUGGAAACUUUAGAAAAAAUUGCCAAAGACAACGGAAAACCCAUGCUAUUAGGCAGGCUAGUAGUAGAUGAAGCCUCCCUAAACUCACCUCACAGAGGGCGCCUUAGGGACUUACUUAUACCUUCUUUGAGGCUCACCUCACUUCUUUUGUGGUUCAUAUGGGCUUCUUGUGCGUUUUGCUACUACGGGCUGGUUCUGAUGACGACUGAACUAUUCGAAACUACAACGAUUGUGUGUAAUGAUGGGUCGCAACCUGUGCAAGGAUUAGAUACAUGUGCUGCCGAUUGCAGGCAAUUACAGACAGCCGACUAUGUGGAUUUACUGUGGACUACUUUGGCUGAAUUUCCUGGUAUUUUUUUUACAAUCUUUAUUAUCGAGAGAUUUGGAAGGAAGAAAACUAUGGCAGUGCAGUUUAUUGCUUAUGCGGUUUGUUGCGGGUUCCUGGCUGUUUGUCCAGGAAAGAGAUCUGUUUUAACAGUAAUGUUAUUCUUCGCACGAGGCAUUAUAGCGGGGGUUUUCCAAGCUGCGUACGUAUAUACUCCAGAAGUAUACCCAACAUCUUUAAGGUCGAUUGGAGUGGGGUCCUGUAGCGCUAUGGCUAGGCUAGGAGCUAUGGUUACCCCUUAUGUUGCUCAGGUUUUAUUGAAAACAUCUAUAUCCUUUGCUACAUCUACGUAUGCAUCAGCCGCGGUGCUGGCAGCGAUUGCCUGUUUGAUACUGCCAAUAGAGACUACAGGAAAGGAGUUACCAGAUAAUACGGUGGAACAUAACCAAGCCAGUACGAACAAGUAACUAAAAGACAUUUAAAUAGUAGGAUCAAGUAAUUAAGCUAAAAAAGUAAGAAUUCCGUCCGAUAAAUGUGCUUUUAUUUAUUAAUGCUUUUUAUUAAGUCACUUAUACAAAUUAUUUAGUAAAUUUAUAUUUAUUUUAUUAACGUGUCGAAUGCUGCACUUAAUAUGAACAAUUGAUACAUUAAAUUUAUAGUUAUUAGGCACGUUAUAGGGUUACUAAUGCAACUUAAAACCAAAGCUCUUUACACUUACGGCUAUUUGUACUUAUUAUUUAUUUUAAUAUUUAUUUUUCUUUGCAUCAACUUUAUAUUUUUACUGAUAAGUUAGAUCAAAAACCAUUAUAAUAGAUCUCACAUUUUUUGAUAGAGAUACUGUAAAAAAUAACUUCUAAAAGUUAUUGGUGUACAUUAGUACACCACAUUAGUAUGUACAACAUAGUAAAAAUCUUUUAAAUUACCAGGUGUGUCGCAAAAGUAUCUGACCUACCACCAUAUUUCUCCCCUAAGUCACCUAAUUGAACAACGCGAUUCCACUUAUAAAGGUUGUUUGCUUUCCAAGGUAGCCUUUAAAGCGUUCGCCCCAUUAGUUUCAAUCAUUUUGAAAGAACUCGUCCAUUAUCUGAAAGACACCUACGUAAGUAGAGAAGUCUCGGUCUCCAAAUAUCUUUUUUAUGUUACAUGUUUCGCUUAAAAUAAAGCAUCAUCAGACCUUAUAAACUAGUAAUAUCUCUCACGAGAUGCUGCGGCUUCAAUCAUUUAUAUAUAUUCAAAUCGGAAUUACAUCAGGACUGUACGAAGGCUGAUGAAGCUCUAUAUACAUACAUACAGUAGUGGCCAUAAUUAUAGCAACAAGUACAUUUUUCCUUCAAAUUAUAUGAUGUGGUAGAUUAGAAAAAAAACUGGUAUAUAUUAUGAUGUAUUUUUUACAAAGCUUUUUAUUUAUGUUUAUUUUUUUGGUACUUUAUAAAAGUACGGUAAGGUUGGACAAAAUUAUAGCAACACGUUUUAGAAAAAUCAAUUUAUUUAUUCUUCAAAGUCAAAAUAAGAUUACAAUACAAUAAUCUUCUUCAGUAUUUAGUAUAGUACCCUUUAGCCCUUAUUUAGCUUAACAGCAAUGCAUAUUUUUGGCAUGGAUAAAAUAAGUUUGUUUAUAACAUCAUGAUCGAUUGACAACCAAGUAUCCUGAAGAGCUUCGAAAAGUUCUCCAGCAUUUUUGAAAUUCCUGGUUCUACACCUGUUAUCCACAAUUUCCCAAAGAUUUUCUAUUGGAUUUAAAUCCGGAGAUUGGGAGGGCCACUUCAUAACAUUUAUUUUUUCAUCAUGGAGAAACUCUUUUAUUAGCCUUGAAGAAUGUUUUGGAUCAUUGUCAUGUUGAAAUUGAUAUAACAGCGGCAUAUUUUCUUCAGAAUAGGGUAACAUAACAUUCUUUAAUAUAUCCUUGUACAUAAAUCGAUCCAUAAUCCCUUCUAUUCUGUGAAGAGGUCCCAUACCAUACCCCGAAAAACAGCCCCACACUAAAACUGAACCACCACCAUGCUUAACUGUAGGAGAAGUGUACCGAGGAUUAAAUCUUUUGCCUACAGGACGUCGAACGUAUGCAGCACCAUCACUUUUAAAUAAAUUGAAUUUUGAUUCAUCGCUAAAAAUAACUCUGCGCCACUGAUCAAUAGUCCAGCCCUGGUGUUCUCGAGCAAAUUCAAGUCGGGCCUUCACGUUCUUCUUGGAAAGAAGAGGCUUUUUUGCUGGUCUGCGUUCAAACAACUUAUUUUCAAAUAGACGCCGCCUUAUGGAUCGUUCACUAAGAUCGGAACACCCACUUGCCAUCCAAAAGCCCUUUAAUUUUUGAAGAGGACAAAAAUGGGUUUUGCCUGGAAAUCCGAACAAUCAUUUUGUCACUUUUUUUUGAAGUUUUCCGGGGACGUCCCGAACUUUUUUUGGGUACUACCAGCCCUGUGUUAUUGUAUCUUUUCACUAUACGUGAUACAACUGAUCUGUGAAGAGCAAAAUUUUUUGCAAUGGAUGACUGUUUGAUGCCUGACUUAUACUGAUUAAUUAUAAGUUGCCUCACUUCAACAGACACGGUUUUACCACGACUCAUACUGUUAUUUAAAUAAGUUAAUAACUACCAAGAAAUCACAAUAUAAAUUGUUUCAAUAUUGCACUUCAACAGAUUGAAAGAGCACUAAAUUUCAAAUGUUGCUAUAAUUAUGACCAGGUGAAAUAUUUGCAAUUACAAAUAUUUAUUGUCAGAAAAAAAACAGGUAGGCUUUUUUUUAUUUGAAUGAGAAAUUUUGUUUAAAUAUUAAGAGGCCAUCUAAACCAGUGGCGUACUUUUACGAUUAAAACAUACAUAUAAUAGUUAUUAUUAAAUAUUAGUAAAAUUCAGAUUUGUUGCUAUAAUUUUGGCCACUACUGUACAUGUUUCAGUGGUACAUAAGAGCUGUAGAGCUUCAGACCCUACCAUUAGAAAAAUUAAAAAAAUGUCUUUAAAUGUUAUUUGUCACCCUAGAAACAAUCGAUUUCCAUAUAAACACGCAAAAUUUACGCAAACGCCGUCAACGAAAUCGAGUCGUCCAUCAUGAAGUCAAGAAGUAAAUACCCCGUCUUCGCGCUGCUUAUCAUGUAAACUAAACUGGGCGAUAAAAAGUGGGGCUUCGGGUUCAAUAUUACUGAUACUCUUACGUCGCGAGUUGCGACAGCCCUUGCCCCUCUCUUCAUAGUUUUUUCGUCAUAUUUGGUAAUUUGUAAAUUAAUAACCUGAAUUAAUAGCUAACACGUGGAGAUGUGGAAAAAUUGAAGAUCCCACUCCAAAUGCCACAAUAAAUAAACUUUAUAUACUUUUAUAUAACCUUUUUGACCACACAUACGGUUUUUCCUUUAGGAAUGGCAAAUAAUUUGGAUAUAUAUGUAUGUGGAUGGGGUGCUAAUGGGCUGCGGCUUCUGCAGUCCAAACGCAGAAAUAGAUGCUUACCGGCAAUAUCUCGGGACGUUUUACGGUUUUGAAGUCGCUUGUGGAGGUGUCGCGUUUUAUUUUAUUUUUUUGAGCAGUUUACUGAAAGAAUUAUAAACCGCAGAUCUGUCAUCUUACCGAAAUAUAUUGGGAUUACAUUGUACCCUAUUGAUCUUAACUGUAGUUGGUAGCCACAAAACUGGGAGUUACACCAUGGUUCCUAGCUACUGGUGAUUGUUAGUACGAGAGUACGAAUUGCUUUACUAUUCAUCCAUUUAACUAUCUGUGUUUCAUUAAGCUCGCUAAAAAGACUUUGAUUGAAAAAAAAAUUGAUCAUUUUAUUUUGGUUCGAUUAGUCUUUAUCUUUUUUAUUCUGUAACACUGGAAAAAUAUUGUGUGUCAUUACUAUCGCAUGAACCGAUUCUCCUGCUUUUAGACUCGUGGACUACUCGCUACUAAACUCGCUUAACCUUUAACUCGUUUUGCUGGUAACAAUCGCCAUCACAUAUAUGCAGCUAGGUCAGAUACUUUUGGGACAUACCUCUUUCGGGUGUGAUACACACUCGACAAUGCUGUAAACUAUACAGACGGUAUCCAAAAAGGGUAUCAGCAAUCUAUAUCUACGAUUGAUAGCAUAUCAAUCUACAUACUACUAUAAACCAAAAGUAAAUUGUCUAAAUAAUGUAGGUUGGGUUUUGAGCACAAGAAGAUAAGCCAUCCACACUUUUACCUUGAUAUUAGGCUCCUAAGAGGCCAGUAGCACACUCAAUAAAGUGAAUAAAAUAAUAUGAUCUUCAGAUCACAUUAUUGGGUGUACCUUACCCUUUUUGGACUCCUUGUAUGUUGACUACAAUAUUUAUUAAAAAAUCUUGUACCUAUACUUAGUAAUAUGUGGGAACUACUGUACACUAACUAAUGCUUUAUGCGUUUCUGAUAUUCGUAACUUGAAUGUGAUAAUUUGGUGCUGGGAUUUGAUAUAUUUUCACUUAUAUCAAUUAAAAGACACUUUAUGUUUUUC